AUGGGUGAUAAAAGUAUUGUUGUGCCGACGAACAAGCCGAGAGAAAGCAGUCCUUCGAGGAUACAAUGUCCAAUGCUCACUAAUACAAACUAUACGGUGUGGAGCAUGAGGAUGGAGGCAGCUCUUAGGGUGCACAGAGCUUGGGAGGCAAUCGAGCCAGGUGUAGACGAUAGAGAGAAAAACGACUUAGCUCGAGCACUGCUAUAUGAGUCCACUCCAGAAGCUCUAAUUCUGGCAGUUGGUAAAUUAUCAGAGAUGUCAUCAAGAUCGUCUUCGUUGGGAGAAAUCAUUGAUGAACCAAAGAUGGUGAAAAAAUUUCUGAGUGGUCUUCCGAAGAAGAAGUAUAUAACUAUUAUAGCGGCACUUGAGCAGCUUAUGAGGAACGAAUCAAAGUGGAUGAAGAGCCACAAGAGGAUCAGGGUAAGCUCUUAUACGCCAACUCUGAGUCACAAGACGAUCAAGACUCAUACAGUAGAGGAAGAGGAUGCGGAGGACGUGGUUCUUACAGAGGAAGAUGACGUGAAAGAUAAACGCAUAGACGCCACUGUAUAUGCGGACUAUUCGGCGUAUAAACGUCCGUUUUUCUAUGAAACCGAUGGACGUGAUACGUCAAGAGUAGUGUGUUUCCGUUGUGACAAAGCUGGUCACUACGCUUACAAUUUUCCUGAUAGGCUCCUUAAGCUUCAAGAAACACAUGAGAAUGACAAUGAGAGCACACGUGAAGCAGAGGAAUUAAUGAUGAACGAGGUGGUAUAUCUCAACAAAGAGAAUGUGAAGCCAAGCAAGUUCGAAACACAAGUUGAUGGAGAUAAUAUGUGGUAUCUAGACAACAGGGCAAGUAAUCACAUGUCUGGAAAAAGAUCAUACUUUACAGAGAUCAAUGAGAAAGUCACGGGAAAGGUGCGCUUUGGCGAUGAUUCUCGCAUAGAUAUCAAAGGAAAAGGCUCAAUAACGUUUAUCAGCAAGGAAGGGAAGCGUAAGGUGUUGACCAACGUCUACUAUAUACCGGAGUUGAGAAGUAACAUCAUUAGCUUAGGACAAGCUACAGAGGCCGGAUGCGACGUAAGGAUGAAAGAUGACUUUCUCACACUCUAUGAUCGUGAUGGUAAUCUAUUAGUGAAAGCAAGAAUGAUGUAA